CCCCGUCAGUUCCUCAUCUCUCACUCUCGACACAGAUUUCCCGCGCCUAUCUCGUUGAGCGACCCCCGCUUGGCUUUGUAACAAGUCGAUGCUACAGAUUGAAAUCAAGUCGUAUUUAUCAAUGGCCCGACGGAUCAAGAUGUCAGAACAGCGCGCGCACGCGGGGUGUCCUCGCCUCAUGACGUCACAUCCUGUCGCAGCAGGCAGAGCCAGCCGUCAUAGGCCGCUCCCGUGAGCGCCCGGCCCUCCCUGGAGGCACCGCCCCAUCGCCUCGCUCUCUGAUUGGUCCGAGGCGUCCGUGAGCCGCGAGCACGUGCUUUGACAUUUACCAAAGCUGAUUAAUUGCGGCUUUGUCGUGUGUAAACUGAAUUACUGGAAGAAGCCCAGGAGAAAAUCGGAGCGAGCGACACUGGUCAAAACGUGGUUGUCAGGCUGAGCUGGAGGGAGUUCAGUCCUCGGUGUCUUUGAGAGCAGUCAUGUCUGGAACAGUAUAGGGCUUUUGUCGCAGUUUCGUCUUUCACACAGUCCGCGUCGUGUGUCAGUGUUGUGGUGAGCACGGUUUCAGGAACGUUCUGUAAAUGGAUAUCAUUGACACAGAUUCUCUCUUCACGUGAAUGUGUUCCUUUCCGUGUACCAGGGAACAGGAUUUGAAGACAGGGUUCUAGCAAGCCAAUUUUGAUUUUUAAAGGUUGUUUUACAGACUAUGCUUUUUGAAGGCAUUCCAUUUUAAAUAAAGGACUCUUCUUUUUUCAAGGUAUCUUGCUGGGAUGGUGCAGAAGAAUUUAGUUUCGAAUCUCCAGUGAUGCGUUUUUGAACUUAUUUGUUUGAGAGUUUUCAAACCGCCACACUGAUCCGACUUGGUUCUGUCAGAAAUGAAUAUCUAAACCAGAGGACCUGCCUCUUAAAAUCUUCCAAUGUUGAAGAGAAAGAUUCUUGAAAUCUAACAUCCCUGACAGUUUUGUGUGAACGCUCCUCAAAAACGGACUGGUUGACGUCACUUUGAAAGUGGUGUUGAGAAUCUGAACUUACUUGAAUACAUCUCGGGAGCAGUGUCUAAUGAUAAAACAGAAAUCGGCAAAGCAUUUUACAUCGCUACUCACGUUCUGUGCCGGAGCAUGAACAGUCAGGGAGUCUGAGAUGGUCGCAGGACGUUUGUAAACGUUCACAAGUGGCUACGUCUGUGCCUUGAGGAGAUUGCGCAUUCCUGGAGCAGUGAGGACAAGGGAACAGUAGAACAAUAAUAACACACACGCAACUCCCGCACGAGAAAAGAGGCAGGUGAGCAGUCAAUAAGGCAAGAUGUUCUGCUUCCACUGUCCACCCAGCUUCCACCCGAGCGGGCGGUCACUCACCUUAGACUACCCGUGCCCCACCCACCCUUCAUAUCCCGGCUAUGCUGGUCUGCAUGGCGACCUCCACGACGAGGCAUUUGCGCGCCGUAAACAGAGGAGGAACAGAACCACAUUUACUCUGCAGCAG